CUGGCCCAGCUGGUUGAACUGAGUGGAGUUCGAACCCGGGUCUCUUGCUGGGCCAGGUUUUCAGGGUCGCACCUCCAAAGGGCUCGUAACGGGGCCUUCAGGGGCGGGGACAGCCACGGUUGUGCUGGGGUUGGGACGAGAUGGGCACGCGGGAGUUGGACCAUUGAGAGGCAGGUCCCGGCCUGUCGCGAGACUCGGAACUGCUGCGGCCGAGGGGCGGGCUCGCGAUUUUUAAAAUGUUUGGCAUAGAGUUGACCGAGUAGAUGCGAGGUUGCCACUUUACCCUGGGCCUCCUUGCAUGCCGCCGUCUGGACAGCUGAGACAGGAUGGGCGGGAGGUUCCUUGGUGUGUUCUGAGCCAUAACGCGUUUGGCUUUGUAGGUCGCCAAAGUUGCCAUUGCACAAGAGAAACAAGCAUUCCCCCCAGUCCCCAGCCCCAGAUACGCUUUGCAUCCCAGUAAGAGGAGAGGCACACCCGGGACACAGAUGAGUGCCUCCGACGCCUUUCUGCCCAGGCAUGCAAAGGUGCUGGAACUUCAAGAGGAUGUCACUGUGCCCAGCUAAGCGACAUCAUAUUUAAGCAGCUCCUUUAAUUUUCUCUAUUAGGGAGGAUGAGCCUGCUGGGCAGGAAUGCCAGUGAGCUGGACAGUGUGUGAAGGAGCUGCAAGAAGUGCCCAAAGGCCACAAUGGCCCCAAAACCCAAGAAGGGAUUGAAAGGCUCCAUUGAUGAUGUCCUUGGUGACCUCCUGGGGGAUGAUACCACACUCCCUGAGAAGCCUGUUGAUCCAGCUUCACAUGCCAGAGACAAAGCAGGUGCACCUCAGUGGCUCCUUUCAAAGGCUAAGGCAAAGUCCCUCCUGAAAAGCAAUGCGGAAGGGCUGGCAGGAUCUGAUGUCGAGGUUUCCGGUGUCUCAGAUGCAGACCCCAUGGUCUUUCUGGAGAGCAUGAAGGAUCUGGAUGACAUGGAUGCUGAUCUCUUUGGCCGGGUAAAGUCUCAUUCAUCCUCUGGCAAAGGAGCUGCAAAGAUUUCUGGGAAAGAAGUUCCUAGCCAUCCCAAACCUGUUAGCACAUUAACAGCUAAUGAGAAAGGGGACACCAUUCCUACUAAGAAGCCUGCGUCUUCUUUCAGCAGCUGUGGACUUCAAUACCAGUUUUCCUUUGAAGACUUCAAAGACCCACUGACAGGACUUCUCUCUGACGAGGAGGAAGAAACUCCCAAGAAGCCACCUGUGGUGGAGGGUAAACCUGCUUCCAACAAGAGCCCCAACACAACUGAAGGCCAAGGUCCUUCUGUUCCUCUAACUCCUGGGGACACUCCUAUCCGAAAGAAAGAAUUGUUUGAUGAAGGGGACGACAUCAUGGCCACUCUGGGUUUUGAAGACAGCCCCAACGCAGAGAGGAGAAAGAUGGGAGACCAGGAAGGGCCCCUCCCUGCUCGCUUCAAGCUGGAUGAGCUGCUGGGUCGAGGCACAGCUACCAAGCUCCUCACUCGCCCAGCCACUGGGGAACACAGGGAGUUGAAGCUAGACCAGGAGUACCAGAAGCUGGAGGACAAAGAAGACAGCUGGGGUGAUGAGAUCCUCACCUUUGGGGCUUACCAGCCCACUGUGGCCUCCUCUGAGGGCCGUCAGUCUCGAAGGCAGUCAGUCAGCAGGUUUUUAGAAGGUGCCUCAGACUCUAAGGGAGACCCCAACUUCAAACAGAGCCCUCCAGUAGCUUCCAGCCCUGUCCACCCCAAGAAGGGCGGAGCUGACUGGUUAGGCCUCAAGGAUGAUGACCUGGACCUGCUUCCUCCCUCUCCCAUCCAAGAGGCCCAGCAAGAAGGCUCAGCCAUCUCCAUACCCUCUCUACCCGUUCUGGCAAGCCAGCACUCUGCCUUAACUGUACUACCUUCAGCAGCAGAGCCCCCAACCAAGGGUGCAAGGCUCCCUGCCAAAGCCAGCCAGGCCUCCGCACUCAGGGAGUCUGAGGAAGAAGGAGAGGACUGGUUGAGCCACAUCUUGUCUCAGAAGAAGUCCCCAGGUCUAGCCAGAGAGGAGCGUGCUAGGCCCUAUAAGGGCCCAAACUCAGUGGGGACAUUGGGCCACCCGUCUUCUGGCAGUCAGCCUGUUGUUAGCACUCAAGUUCUUGAACAGGCAACUGCUGGAGAAGCUUCAAGAUCAACUACACAAGGAAUUCCAGCUGCCAGGCCUGAUGUCACAGGGUCUUCCAUGAGUUGGAGCCAGGCCACUGUGGUCCUCCCUGUAGGUGACCCCAAGAAGGGAAUGGCCUCUGCCUCUGGAGACCUCUGCAGCACUGAGCCUGUGAUUUCUGUCCCACAUUCCCAGGAACCCACCAGACCUUCUCUGCCUGUCCAGGUAGGGAAGGUAGACAAACAGUCUUUGCUCUCAGAGUCCCUGAUGCAGAGUCUGCUGCCAGGCUCAGCAUACCAGAAGCAGCUCCUGGCAGCCCAAGGGCAGCUUCAGAGCAGCACUGCCCAGCUUCAGGCUGAGCUGCUGCAGAGCCAGACCAAGCUUUCAGAGCUGGAGGCCCAGGUGCGGAAGCUGGAGAUGGAGCGGGCCCAGCACAGGAUGCUGCUAGAGAGUUUGCAACAGCGGCACCAAGCAGACUUGGAGCUCAUUGAGGAUGCGCAUAGAAGCCGCAUCAAGGUGCUCGAAACAUCAUACCAGCAGCGGGAAGAGCAGCUCCGAAGAGAGAAUGAGGCUCUGUCAGCUAAGCAUGUGUUGCACUGUCGGGAGGCUGAGCAGGCCCAGGCCGAGCUCAUAGCCCAGCACCAGCGGCACUUGGCUGCGGCUGCACAGGAGAAGGACCAGGAGGUGGCACGACUCCGGGAGCUGCAGCAGGCAUCCAUCCUGGAGAUGCGUAAGGACCACGAGCACCAGUUGCAGCGGCUGAAGAUGCUGAAAGACCAAGAGAUUGAUGCUGUCACCAGUGCCACCUCCCAUACUCGGUCCCUGAACGGCAUCAUUGAGCAGAUGGAGAAGUUUUCCAGCAGCUUGACCGCGCUUUCCUCCCGUGUAGAGGCCUCACACCUCACCACCUCACAGGAAAGAGAGUUGGGGAUCCGGCAGCAGGAUGAGCAGUUGCGAGUUCUGCAGGAACGGCUAGGCCGGCAGCAACGGGACAUGGAGGAGGAGCGUGGCCGGCUUCAAGAGGUCAUAGGGAAGAUGGAGGUGCGCCUGAAUGAGCAGAGCCGUCUCCUGGAACAGGAACGCUGGCGAGUGACUGCCGAGAAGUCUAAGGCCGAGUCUGCGCAGCGGACUCUAGAGGAGCAGAGGAAGGUCAUGGUCCAGCAGAUCUCCAUGGAGAGGGAGGAGCUAGAGAGGGCCAAGAGCGCCCUGCUAGAGGAGCAGAAGUCGGUCAUGCAUAAGUGUGGGGAGGAGCGGAGGCGCCUGGCAGCCGAAUGGGCCGAGUAUUUCACACAGCAGAAGCUGAGUAAGGAGCGGGCUGAGCGCGAGGCUGAGCGGGCGCUGCAUGUGGACUCCCAGCGGGAGGGCACCCUCAUCAGCCUGACCAAGGAGCAGGCAGAGCUGACUGUCAGGGCCUGUGAGCUCCGGGCCAAGGAGGAGAAGCUGGCUGCUGAAAGGGAGGCUGUGGAGAGGGAGAGACAGGAGCUGCGGCUGGAGAAAGACAGACUCCACAAAGCCAGCCUGCGUCUUCAGGCCCGUGCCCAGGAGGUGGAACACAUGAGCAAGGUGGCCUCCAAGAAGUACCAGGAGGGUGAGCAGGCCCUGCAGGAGGCCCGGCAGAUGCAGUGUGAGCAGCAGGAACGCCUGCAGGCAGUACAGCGGCAGCAGGAGUGGCUGCGGCAGCAGGAGCAGCACGUGCAUCAGGAGCACCUGAGCCUAGCUCAGCAGAGGCUACAGCUGAACCGUGUGCGACAGGACUUGCCUUCUAGCCUUCUAGGGCUGCCCUCCAGAGUUCAGGGUCCAGCAGCCUCCAGCCUGGAUGCUCCCCAGGCCCUGGCUCCCAGCACUUCUCAAUACAGCCGGUCCCCUGCUGCCCCCAUUCCCACUCAGCUUCUUGCCAAGCUGCUGCUGCUCAAGCGCACAGCCGAGGAGGACCAUGACUUCUUGGAGAAUGAACAGUUCUUCCUGGAGACUCUGAAGAAAGCACCCUACAAUAUGGCAUCACAUUCAGUCUGAAAAGGGCCACUUGCUCCUCAGUGAAGCGUCCAGACCUGGAGUUCUCUCCCACUGCUCAGCUGCCAACUCCAAGGAGGAGCAUGGGAGGUGGUGCACUGCCCGGGGCCCGAGUUCAACUCUGUGUGGACAGGGUACCUGUGUGUUCUUCCCAAGCCCUCGGGCUGCGACUGAGAGGCAGCCUUUGCCCAGGCUGUGGUGAUGUUGAGGCUGGCUCACCACUGACAGCUCACUCCUGUCCCAUAAUGAGCCCCCAGCUCAUGACGCCCUCCUCUCUCUCUACAGACAGCUACUGGGAAUCUGUGCCUGGGCUAUUUCUGAGGGAGUGCGUAUCUCAGGGCCGUAGGGGGUUGUCACAGCAGACUUCUACCUGAGAGGGAUAUGGAGAAGGGCCUCCCAGCUGAAUGGGAGGCCUGGCCAAGGACAGGGACGACACCAUGCCGUACCCAGCCAGAUUCUUCCAGUUUGAUGUGCUCCUGGGAUUCAGGCAGUGUUCCAUGCCCACCCUGAGCCUGGCCUACACACAUCCUCACCUCAUUUCCAGCACUGCCCAGUGAUCAGCGUCAUGGACUUUAGCCUCACCUGAUUCCUCCUCCCCAUCUAAGACCCUGUCAGAGGCUUGAGUGGGAAGCUAUAGGCAGUGGUGGGGUGUGAGGAGGGGCAGAGGAGGAAGAAAGCUAGUUAGAGCCACUGCCCAGAGGGUGGAAGGUAGCACUGGGACUCUGAGGGCCAUACUCCCAGGCUGCUGCUGCUCCUCUGGUCUUCACCAUCUUCUACAUACAGGCCAAGAACCCUGGUGAGGCUUCAGUUGAGGGGCAGGAGAGUGGUAUUGGCCCAGCAGACCCAGCAGGCCUCAGCAGGCAAUUACAGUUGCUCCCAAAGCAGCUUCUGUCUGGGGUGAUUCCUCACAUUCCGUCUGGGUGGGUGGACAAAGGAGAGUGCCACAGGGAAGGCCUGGUGCAGCUUCCAUCUCCGCUCUUCUGAACAGGGACCUAGCUCACUUGCCAACAGUCUGUAGCCUUGGUCUUGGACCCAUUAAACUGCUGUAUUCUUAGGA